AUGCCGCAGAGUGCCCGCAGCAGCAGUCGCGUUGAGCCACUGCGCUGGCUGGUUUGGCCGGAUUUCUGCGAUGUGGAGCUGCGUCUUCCUGCGCAUGGAGCUGGCAAUGGUCGGCAGCGCCUCAGGGAUGGUGGCGGUGUUGGUUCUACUGCAGAUUGGCGAUGCCCCAAAGCAGCGGAUAUGUUGAAGAAGUUGCGUGUUCAGUGGAUAUCUCGCUUCGAGCAGUGGGACUUGCUUCAUCGUGUGCAGCGCGCCGUGUCCUGUCAGUCGAGUGAGGCUUGGUUGAGUGACGGAGAGAUUGAACGUCUUCGCGAAGACCUGUUAUCUGUCCUGAAAGAUCAUGGCUUCAGCUCGUCAACUAGGAUUGUGGCGGGGCAGCCCUUGGCCCUGGAUCUAUGGCGAGAUCUGUUUGUCGACGUUCCAGCACAUCCCAACCUCGAAUUGUUAGUUCUUGAUGCACCGUCGGGAUUUGCGUUGGACGACCCGGAGACACUCAUGGACUUGGUGCAGCGGGACGUAGAUUGUGGCUUUGCUGAGUGGAUCCAUGGCGGUGUCGACGAGGUGCGAAAACAGUUCGGCCGACAGUGUGCGGCUGGCCGUCUGGGUUUAGUGAAGAAGGAUGGGGCAGACCCCCGCCUUGUAGGGGACAGUACAAUCUCUAACGCGAACCGCUUGUGCAGCAUCUCAGAGAAGAUCGAACUGUUGCUGCAGGCUAUUUGCUUCUACGUCGCGCUCGUGUUCUGGCCAUGUAUGCUGAUGACGAACUCUCAUCUCAGCGACAACAUUGAGGCGCAGUUGCUUGAUCGCUUCACUUCCUUCUUUCGGGGGGAGUGGGCCCCACUUCUGCGCGACGCCCAGCGCCUGGCUUCGGUAUCCGCGUCCCGGGACCCGCAUGCAGACCCCACGCCACAACAACGUGCUGACCGCGCGGUGCAGCUCGCACAUCUCGGGGAGCUCUCCGCUGCGCGACAGGCGCUUACGGCCGAGCCCUUGGCGCCCGCCCCCGACGCCGCCCUCCAGCACCUUAUCGACCCCGCCCGGCGGCCACCUGAACCUUACCAGCCCUUGCCGCCGGAUCUACUGCAGUUCCAGCCGGAGUCCCCUGCAGUGCUGGAUCGUUCGGCCCUGUUGGCCAACCUUCGGCGUGCGCGCAAGGCAGCUGCACCAGGCCCCAGUGGUUACACUGCUGAAAUGUUGCGUGUUCUCCUUGAUGACGCUGAGUGCUCGGCCUGUUUUGCUGAUGUUUGCUCGUUGCUCGCUAGCGCGCAUCUCCCCGAGCCCGCUGCAGCGGCUGUCGCGCUCGGCCGCUUGGUUGCCAUCCGCAAGCCCUCUGGGGGCACCCGCGGACUCGUCAUCGGCGACCUCUUGCGGCGGCUGGUUGCUCGCACGCUUGCCCAACAGUUCUCCGAGCCGAUUGCUCUCGCGUGCAGCCCCCACCAAUAUGCGCUAUCCACCCGGGCAGGAGCUGAGGCGCUCAUCCACUCUCUCCAGGCCCGCACUGAGGCCGAUCCUCAACUCACUGUGGUGUCAGUCGAUGUGAGUGCUGCAUAUGAUACGGUCAGUCGCCAGUCCAUGCUUGAGGCGCUCAGAGACACCCCGAGUCUGACACCGAUCUACAGCAGAGACUACCUGCCUACAGAAAAUGUCGCCCCGCCACCCGCAGGUAACGGAGCAAACUGCUGCAUGCGAGUCAAGCUGGACCAGCCGCAUGCCGUGACAGGGCCACCGCCCGCAGCACCUAGCUCCCUGCCCACCGCUACCUGGUGUGCUCACUGCGCCCUGAAUACCGCUCUCCUGGAAAAACAUGGCCCUUGGGCCUUGUGUGAAAUGGGUUGGAUGGCUGCUGAACCUCCAGGGCGCACCGCGGGCGAGGACAAGACAGUACGCAUUGUGACUGGCCUGCUAGUUGUGGUACGAAGAGGCGAUGUGUGUCGCCGGGACCUCCAAUCUUUGGUGGGGUUGCUUUCUUGGUUCACUUGCGGAGCCCAGUGGCUCAAGCCAUGGAUGGCAGUAUGGUUCCACAUGCUUCUGAAACCUGCGUUGCGGUUCCAGCACCUUGACGAGAGUCAGCUUGCAGAAGUACAGCGUCUUCUUGACUCCAACCUGCGUUUAUCCAAGCGUGCCCAUUUGUCGGAUGUGCAGCAAGGAUGGCAAGUUGCUGAGUGUGGCAGCAAGUCCGCGUGUGCGCCGCGCGGUUUGAAGAAAGGGCGCGCUUGGGUGAAGUUUCUGGAUGCUGAGUCUGCGAAUGUGCGACCGCCUCGGCAAGAAGCGGAGGUGGCAGAGUUCUUCCUGCGUGCAGUGCGACUACGGUCUCCAGUUCACCUGGGCGCGCCGCUCGCAGUGUCUUCCAUUAUCUGGUUCUCCAUCCCGCUGGAUGCCCAUUCUUUGCCCGGCUGGUUUGCUGGCGACGAUACCGACCUUAAGACUACGAUUUGCGCCCUGGAGGCUCUCGCGCAGCUGGUGUUAUUAGUUACGCAGGUGCGUGAAGCCGCUUGCAGCCGCCGCCGACCCAACGUGGGAUGUAUUGCGCUGCGCCAGCAGUCAGAUAACCUUGGGGUGGUCUGCUCGUCGGCAAUUGAUUACCAAGGUGGAACUGCAUCCUGGCGUCACGCCGAUGACUGGGACCGAAACGCAUGA